AUGGGUGUAUCUGGUCUACUACCCCUUCUGAAAUCGAUACAGAAACCUACCGAAUUAAAGAAAUGCGACGGUCAGACACUCGGCGUUGACGCGUAUGGCUGGCUUCAUCGAGCAGCAUUUUGCUGCGCCGUUGAGCUAGGCCAGGGCAAGCCCACAACCAAAUAUGUCACAGCUGCUAUGCAUCGCGUUCGCAUGCUGCUCCAUUUUGGCGUCAAGCCCUAUAUGGUCUUUGACGGCGACUACCUCCCAAGCAAGGCCGCUACCGAACUCUCACGUGCCAAGAAUCGCGAGGAAAAGAAGAAGCUGGCUGAUGAUCUCAUGAAAGCUGGCAAGCCCGGCCAAGCCGCUCAAGAGUUCCAAAAAUGUGUCGACGUUACCCCGGAAAUGGCAGCGACUCUUAUCCAAGAGCUUAAAAAGAUGGACAUCCCGUGCAUCGUUGCCCCUUACGAGGCCGACGCCCAGCUGGUCUACCUCGAAAAGCAGGGUCUUAUCGAUGGCAUUCUAUCCGACGACUCUGAUUUACUAGUUUUUGGGGCAAAGCGCCUGCUCACCAAGCUUGACAAGUAUGGCAAUUGCAUCGAGAUCAAACGGCGUGACUUUGCCGCUUGUCGAGAGGUCUCCCUGACUGGUUGGUCCGAUACCGAAUUCCGCAGAAUGGCCAUCAUGAGUGGCUGCGAUUACUUGAACGGUCUCCCCGGCGUUGGUCUGAAGACGGCGUACAGAUUAAUGCGUAAAUCAAAAUCGCCCGAACGCGUCGUUCGCAUGCUGCAAUUCGAUGGCAAGCGCGUCUCCGAAAACUACCUGACACAAUUCUACCAAGCGGAGCUCACAUUCCUGCACCAGUGGGUGUUCUGCCCAACGCAGAAGACCCUGGUUCACUUGACAGAGCUGGACGGCUCACGCACAGCCGCCGAGAUGCCUUUUAUCGGCGCAUUUGUCGAACCCGACCUUGCUCGUGGAAUUGCCACUGGUGAUGUCAAUCCUAUCACGAAGGAACGAUUUACUCUACAUCUUACGCCUUCCAAGCGAAAAUUGGGACAGACCAAGUCGUAUUCUGCCGCACCUGUGGCUACGCAACCGCCUCGGAAGCCAAUCACAUCAUUCUUCAAGACACCAAGCCGGAGGCCCAUGGGCGAGAUGGAUCCCAACUGCUUCUCCGUGGACGCUGAGCGUGUCGCACAACUAACUGAGGGUGGGCUGGUACCUCGUGUCUUUCCCUUGCCAAGACCAUAUAUCGAAGCUAACCGAGAAUCGUCAAACCGAAUCAACCGGCCCUACACGCCGCAAAGGAUAUCGCCCCGUUUAAACCGCCGGCGCACUGACACACUCGGAAAUCUGGUUUAUCAGACAGCCAGUAGCCCUCUCUUUACGCGCCCCAAGGAAUCUAACUUGGGCGGCACCGUGCGAUCCGAACCGCAACGCCGUCCGCAGAAGAAGCUUCGUCUCUGUGAUGAAACUGAGCCUAUCGACACAUCCCCCAAGACAAGCAGAUUCUUUUCUGCAGAGACGCCGUCUGCUGCUGUAAAAAAAGCUGUACCAGCAAAAACGGAAGGCUAUCUCUUCUCCGACGACUCUGUCGAAGACGCCCUCAAGGACCUGCCUGACAUUGACAGUUGGGAGCCUCGCGCCCGGAAUAGCCACAAGAAAAUGCUUGUAUUUGAGGAUGACCGCCCGGAUAUGCCGUCGCAAUCUACCUCGUACGAGGCGAGCAGUUUGACAGAGCCAUCCACGUCGCAAACGUCCCAGCCAGAAAAAGUCGAUACGUCCGGCUCUUCCAUGGAGCCGCCCUCCAUGCCGCCGCCGAAGCAGGGCAUGGCCACCUCCCAGCAGACCAAGACUCCAGCGUGCACAUCUCUCAGCAGGUUUUCCUACACCUCAACGUCGUCAUCCUCGCGAACUCUAUCCACGCCUGCGUCCGGCAUGUCGGCCCAGUCCUCCAUCUUCAGCAGCCUGUCCACACCGUCCACUACUGCUUCGAGCGUUGGCUCUAUGCGCAUGACGCCUCUGCAGCGUCUCGGGGCCCGGGCUGCUGAUCCCCUCUUCUCCCCCAACGCGGCCGUGACUCGGCGCCGCGCUGUUGACAAUGGCAACCUUUCCGCGACUCCGGGCAAAGAGCUGGCCCCCAGGGACCCGACGCUCGUGCCGCUGCCCAAGGUCGACGUUAGCGAGGUGGAGGCGCUGCACGCACCCUGCGGAAGUGGUGGAAGCGAAGACCAGCUCGUCCCCGAUAGCGACGGCGAAGACGAUGAAGAAUUCAUUAAGCUCCCACCCGGAAAGAGGUUCAAUCCUUUGCAGUUUACAUUCCGGUGA